UUAAUAAAUGUCAGGCGGUAGUAUAAUGCCUGCUUUGCCCGAAGCUGACGGGCUGGUGGGAAGCAAGAUGUAGUGUUGUGUGAUAUUUUGAGGUUGUCAUGACAUAAUUUCCAAUUUUCGUGGCUCAUGUUGUCGUAAUGAGCGCUUCCACACAUUACGUUCCGCAUGCGCUUCCCGUGUUGGGUGUAAAAUAAAAUAAGGCCUAAUGAGAUUGUAGGUUAGGGGUUGUGUAUUGUAUGUAGAGCUGUUAGACGGUGGCAGCAAAAUGAAGUUUACUGAACAUUUAAGUGCUCAUAUUACUCCCGAGUGGAGAAAACAGUAUAUUAAUUACGAGGAAAUGAAAGCAAUGCUUUAUGCUGCUGUGGAGCAAGCACCUUCAGCAGAACUUGUUGAACCGGAGGUGUUAUCUCGCUAUUUCGCAAAAUUUGAUGAACAAUUUUUCCACUACUGUGAUAAAGAAUUAGCGAAGAUAAACACUUUUUAUUCCGAAAAAUUAGCAGAAGCUACAAGAAAAUAUGCUAAUUUGCGAAGUGAACUUAGUGAGGCACAGGAAGAUGAAUUUCAUGGUAAACAGAGUUUCUUGCGGCGUGGACCAAAUAUCCUUCGCAAAAGAAAUGUUCCUGCACGAAAGACUCAGGAACUUAAACUUGCAUUCAGUGAGUUUUACCUGAGUCUUAUUUUAUUGCAAAACUACCAGAAUCUAAAUUUCACUGGUUUCCGCAAGAUUUUAAAGAAACAUGACAAGCUUCUGUCUGUUGAUGUUGGUGCUAAAUGGCGUGCAGAAAAUGUGGAAACUUCCCAUUUUUAUACAAACAAGGAUAUUGAUCGCCUUAUACGGGAGACAGAAGCAGUUGUUACACAGGAUCUUGAGGGAGGUGAUAGGCAGAGAGCUAUGAAAAGGCUCAGAGUUCCUCCCCUUGGGGAGCAACAGAGCCCUUGGACAACAUUUAAAGUAGGGCUUUUCUCAGGCUCAUUUAUGAUACUUCUCAUUGCUGUCAUACUUUCAGGUAUCUUUCACAAACCGAGGGAUGACUGGCGCAUUGUAUGUCGACUUUAUCGGGGUCCAUUUUUAAUUGUUGAAUUUCUUUUCUUGAUGGGCGUGAAUGUAUAUGGUUGGAGAUCAUCUGGUGUAAACCAUGUGCUGAUUUUUGAAUUGGAUCCAAGAAAUCACUUGUCAGAACAGCAUAUUAUGGAAAUGGCAGCAAUAUUUGGAGUCGUUUGGACACUGAGUGUACUGAGUUUCUUGUACAGCUCUGCUCUUGGCAUCCCACCAUAUGCUUGCCCACUCAUGCUCAUAAUACUGAUGGUACUGUUCACAUUCAACCCAAUGAAGAUUUUUCGUCAUGAAGCACGGUUCUGGGCUAUUAGGGUGCUGACACGAAUCAUACUGGCUCCAUUUUUCUAUGUGAACUUUGCUGAUUUCUGGUUGGCAGACCAACUUAAUAGUCUUGUGGUAGUUUUCACUGAUCUGCAGUUCCUGAUUUGUUUCUAUGCAACUAAUAAGAACUGGAUGGUGGCUGAAGAUAGCCGCCAAUGUACUGACCUCCGUGGUUUCCUACGACCAAUGGUUGGGUGUCUCCCAGCUUGGUGGCGAUUUGCACAGUGCUUGCGCCGAUACAGGGACACCAAAGAGGCCUUCCCACAUCUAGUAAAUGCAGGAAAAUAUGCAACAUCAUUUUUUGUCAUCCUCUUUUCAGCACUUAAUAUUGCAAAUGAAAGUAAAUACACGUUUACUUCAGAAAAUCCAUAUUUUUAUUUGUGGGUGCUUUCAUAUAUCCUUAGCUCCUGCUAUGCAUAUACUUGGGAUAUAAAAAUGGAUUGGGGAUUGUUUGACAAGAAAGCAGGAGACAACAAAUACUUACGAGAAGAAAUUGUAUAUUCUUCAACUUGGUUCUAUUACUUUGCGAUUGUGGAAGACUUUAUCUUAAGAUUUGGCUGGGCCCUUUCAAUGUCUUUAACAGAAAUGGGAUAUGUGCAUUCAGAUCUAAUGGUAUCAGUUCUGUCACCACUUGAAGUUAUCAGGAGGUUUGUAUGGAACUUCUUUCGACUUGAGAAUGAGCAUUUGAACAACUGUGGUAAAUUCAGAGCUGUGAGGGAUAUAUCAGUUGCACCUAUGGAUUCAUCAGAUCAGACACAAAUAAUCAAAAUGAUGGAUGAAGAAAAUGGUGUUGUAAAUCGGCGCAAGAAGAAAUUGGAUGCUAGUAAGAAAAGAGAAGACCACCGCCUCCUUUUGGAAGGAGAAUCAACAGAUGAUCCAGAUAGCUGAGUUU